GCGCGGUGCCGACAGGGAGCUUCCUUGGCUGGCAUGGCGGCGAGCGCGCUGCGAGGCCUGCCAGUGGCUGGCGGAGGCGAGAGUAGCGAGAGCGAGGAUGACGGCUGGGAGAUUGGGUAUCUCGACCGGACGUCUCAGAAAUUGAAAGGGCUGUUACCCAUUGAAGAAAAGAAAGAAAAAUUUAAGAAAGCAAUGACCAUCGGAGAUGUUUCAUUGGUCCAGGAGCUCCUAGAUUCUGGCAUUAGUGUAGAUUCCACCUUUCAGUAUGGAUGGACUCCCCUUAUGUAUGCUGCUAGUGUUGCCAAUGCAGAGCUGGUUCGGGUCCUUUUGGACAGAGGUGCUAAUGCAAGCUUUGAGAAGGAUAAGCAAAGUAUUUUGAUAACUGCAUGUUCUGCUCAUGGCUCAGAGGAACAGAUCUUGAAGUGUGUAGAACUACUACUUUCAAGAAAUGCUGAUCCAAAUGUUGCUUGUAGGCUUUAACGUGGGCAGCACGUCAGGGUCAUAAAAAUAUAGUUUUGAAGUUGCUUGAACUUGGAGCUAAUAAAAUGCUACAAACCAAAGAUGGAAAGAUGCCAAGUGAGAUUGCAAAAAGAAACAAACAUCAUGAGAUCUUCAACUUACUUUCUUUUACUUUAAAUCCAUUGGAAGGAAAACUUCAACAGCUAACUAAAGAAGACACUAUUUGUAAAAUAUUGACAACAGAUUCUGAUAGAGAAAAAGAUCACAUUUUUAGUUCAUAUACAGCAUUUGGAGAUCUGGAAGUAUUUUUACAUGGUCUUGGACUUGAACAUAUGACAGAUAUACUAAAGGAAAGGGAUAUAACGUUAAGACACCUUUUGACCAUGAGGGAAGAUGAAUUUACAAAGAAUGGAAUUACCAGUAAAGACCAGCAGAAAAUUCUGGCUGCUCUUAAAGAACUACAGGUAGAAGAGAUACAAUUUGGAGAGCUAUCUGAAGAGACAAAGUUGGAAAUCAGUGGUGAUGAGUUCCUCAACUUUCUUCUCAAAUUAAAUAAACAGUGUGGCCAUUUAAUAACAGCUGUACAGAAUGUUAUUACUGAGUUACCUGUAAAUUCUCAAAAGAUAACACUGGAAUGGGCUUCUCCCCAGAAUUUUACUUCAGUUUGUGAAGAAUUGGUUAAUAAUGUUGAAGAUUUGAGUGAAAAGGUCUGCAAACUAAAAGACCUAAUUCAAAAGUUGCAAAAUGAACGGGAAAGUGAUCCAACUCAUAUACAAUUAAGGGAAGAAGUAUCUACAUGGAAUAGUAGAAUUUUGAAGAGGACAGCUAUUACCAUAUGCGGAUUCGGUUUUCUUCUUUUCAUUUGCAAGCUAACUUUCCAGAGGAAAUAAUCCAAAUAUUUGUUUUAAGUUAUAUAUACACAUCUUAUUGAACCAUCCAAAAAUCAUUGCUUUUAACUAUUUGCAGCACAAUAUAACUUUACAUUCUUUGCCAAUAUUCCAUAGGAAAAAUUUUGACAAUGUGGAGUUUUUUUUUAAAAAGUGGUUUGUUACUUUGACUUAUAAAUACAAUUUGUUAUGUUUAUGUUAAUUGUGAUUAGGCAGUAAAGUAUAAGUAAUUUUUUGGUUUGAUCGUAUGUAAAUCACAUUCAAAAUUAAAGUUAUAUCGAAUAUCUUUGA